GUAUUACCUAACUUUUACACAAACAGCCAGCGCUCAUAGGCAUCAGCUCCAAAGCACUCUGGAAUCUGGACUUGACUGCUUGCCAUAGCUUGCAUGAAGAGAUUGCAACCAACCGAGAAGUGUUUCAGGAAAACAAAAUCUUUGCUUGAGGAAUCUUGGGCUCAAGACUUCUGCAGAUUCCCAGUAUUUCCACCAUGUUUCUGCUGCUGUUUCUCAUCCCUGGCUUGAUUCUUUGUGAAUGCAACGUCUCCACAGGAGAAGAUGUCCAGCCUACCGCAGUGAGCCCACUUCAAGACAUUCAGAAAAAAGUCAACGAGCUUUGGUCGAGUUUGCUCUACCCGCACCUCUAUGAGGAGGUACUUGCAUCAAACGGGACUGCUUAUGCUGUUUGUACAGUGAAGCCCAGCACCAAACUGGAUGCAGGAAUGCCGCAAGUGACAGGGCAAGUUCUGUUCAGGCAAACCUACCCCUAUGGAAAGCUGGAGAGUAUAUUCUAUUUGGAUGGGUUUCCUACAGGUGCCAACUUGUCUGGGAGAGCAAUUCACAUCCACCAGUAUGGAGACCUCAGCGACAGCUGCGACUCAGCCGGGGGACACUACAAUCCUUUUAAAGUCAAUCACCCUUCUCAUCCUGGGGACUUUGGCAACUUCUACUCUAAAGAAGGCAAAAUUAUAAAAUAUAAGGCCAACCUCGUGGCCACUCUUUUCGGUCCGUACACCAUUAUGGGAAGGUCUGUUGUGGUCCAUGUACAGGAAGAUGACCUGGGGAAAGGGAACAACAAAGCCAGCUUGGAGAACGGAAAUGCCGGCAAACGCUUAGCUUGCUGUGUUAUUGGAACAUGCAACAAAAACCAGUGGGUGAAGCGGUUUUCUGAGAUUAUGGAGAAGAGGAAGAAAAGGCUCACGAGACGUGCACAGAACAGCCCAGCCUAGGUGAAGACCAAGGAAGGAUAUAGCGGCUCACAAUAGAUUUCAUAUCUGCUAUGCUGGUUGCUAAACAAAAGGAAAGGCUUUCUGCUUUCCUUGAGAAGGUUAAGAUAUGCCCAUUGCUCUCCUCCAUAGUCCUCCAUUCUGUAAGUAGAUUAAUACUAAUAAAAAAAGUCGCAGCAUAUUCUUUCGAAGUUCAUAUUCAGGCUCUCCACCCACGCCAAAAUGUACUCUUGAUAUAGUAAGGAGGGCUAAACGCUUUGCCACUGAAAUCUUGAGCAAUCCCUGCUUAUUGUCUGUCCUAUCAGUUGAAAGAAUCUCCCGAACAAGAAAGCUGGAGGAACAAAAGGUAAAAAUAAAUGUCUUCAAUGGAGAUGAUGUGCUCUGUUUUCCUACGUACCUGAAAUGCAUAAAGAAAUGCAUUUCUUCCCCCAACCUUUCCACUGUUUGAGGAUGGGCUGGAAGUCAGUGAUAACAGCUUUCCCCUCUGAGCUCAGGUAGGAGUCUGCACAUUAUUUCUAUUUUAAAACUUCAGAUGCAUUAUUUUAUUCUGCUUAUAUUUGCAGGUUUUGCUUCCUAACUCUUUUAAGCUUCUUAACUGGCUUGAGUUAUCCUCAAUCCGGUAGCUCUGUCACACAGUUUUCAUUUGAAACCAGGCUUUACAAGAACACUCCUGGAUUUCCUUAGUCAGUCAGGAAAUAUUUGUAAAAGCUUGUAGCUUCCUGAACAUCUGGCCAAAUUGUGUAAUGUUGUAUGCACAAUAAAGAUAAGUUUUUGGA